AAGCAUCCCGGUAGUGCUAAGCAGUUCUGCUGGAACCUGGUCGAGAGAGACGCACUGCAAUGACCUCCUCCAAGACUUCUCCCCAGACCCUGCUGGACUCCUCCAGGUCCCUGUGCUGCCAUGUCCGCACCUCGGCCAUGGCCAUCGGCCUCGUCCACAUGAUGUUCAGCUGCACCGUGUUGAUCGACACCACUAUGAAAGUGUCCUAUGGGAAAGACAGCUGUGGAUUCCCUCACCCCCCCUUCCUCUCCGUCAAGGAACGCGUCUUGGAUACAACCACCAACUUCUUUCUGAUCUUGGGGAUGUUUUUCUCUGGUCUCAGCCUGCUGUAUGGGGUGCUCAAGUACCGGGAGGGCCUGCUCAUCAGCUUCCUGGUCCUGCAGAGCGCUGACAUUGUUCUGAGCGUUCUGUCUCUCUUCUACGCCCAUCUGGGGCUCCCAGGGACCCUCAACUACGAAGAGCUCCUCAGGAAAUGGACCUACUUGAAUGGUGCGCAUGACCUCUCACCCCAAGAUGUCAACAAGUUCAUGAUCAUUUUCUCCACCGUCUUCAUCCUGGCUCUGCUUAUUAAGUCUCGAGAAUCGAACCAAAUCCAGCCCAGACCCUCAACCCCUCUCCCAGUCUGCUCAGGACUGACUCAGAGAAAGAAAGACUGUUUGAGGAAUUUAUUGACUUAUCCCAAGAUCUACAUGGUGAGCUGUGUGGGGAAGUGCUACAGGUUCAUCAAGAUUCGCAACCAGCCUCCCAGCGACAACAAAUACAAGCCCAUGGCUGUGCUUCCCUCCUACGAUGAAGCCUUGAUGCUGCCCUCCAAAGGAGACCCCCCAGCCUACAAGGGACCCUAAGCAGCUGAGAGCGAUGGAGUUCCCUGCAUCUGCUUCUCUGCCAACCAGCCUGCAACCCAGCCAGCACUGUGCUUUACUGUAGUAGUAUGGAAUUGUUUUUGUAUGUGUUAGCUCCAUAUUACAGCUUGCGUGUGAGAACUGGAUACACAGGGUAAGACCAGGCAUCCCAGGGUUAGCCGGGACAGUCCUGGUUCAGCGACACACUCUAAUACCUUGUGUCAAAAUAACCACUUUUCAUUUAUGACAUCUGCAGUGAAAACAAAAUAAAAUAAAACAAGUGACUAGGGUUAUCAAGAACAUUAUUUUUAUAAAGUGAUUAACACUGACGUACUGAAACAUCCUGGUUUCGAGCUUUGAAAAUCUGGUCACCCUAUGCAUACAGUGACCUGAGAGACAAGUCUCUCUGGGAAUGGUGCAGAGCCGCGGGGCUCAUUGUUUGAGUCCUCCGCAGUCCAAUGGCUGUAACCAGUGCUGUAUCUGUAAUUCUUUGUUGUAGUAAAGCCCUUCUCUGUGUCGAUGCAAUAAAAUCUGCCUCUUCUUUCAAA